UGGCUUAUAGUGAACUACACUUCAUCCCUAAAGACGCAUUGGCAUUUGGAGAGGAUGACAGCACUUUGCGCAACGCAUAGGAGCGCAACAAUGUACCCAAACCAGAAGUUUUAUAUUAGACGUGAAGGACAGACCACGAGAAUUUGAAGUUGUUUGAACUGGGAAAUUUGGAUUUUCAAACAUAAGAAGAAUGCUUAAGGGUCUCAGAAUUGUGUACUUGUGCCAGUGUACCUGAAUUACCUGCGCACAAAAGUUUUUCCUCAAUGAAAAAGUAAAACUUUGUAUCUCAACAUCUGCUUGCUUUUCCAUUUUAUACUAAUGUUAAAGUAGAAAAGUAAAUAGCUCAAUGGAAUCGUACACACCUUUGGAGUUUGUGGAAUUUCCUUUUCUGUUUUUUAAAGGUAAUUCAAGUUAUUUCUGGAUAUCAGGAUUAUACCACAUUUAAGAACAGGAGCUAUAGAUCCCUGGUCCGUUUUCAAACGUGGAGUGAUUGGGCUUCUUUGAGAUCAUUUCUAGGCAGUUAAUCUUUUUUUCCCGUGGGUAUUGCUCUUCUGGACCCCGAGGUGGCUCCUCAGUGGUGUGGCGGCUCCUCGUCCGCGGCGGAUCCGGAGAUCGGAGUGUCUGCAGCGGCAGGAGGCGGCAGCGGAAGCCCGGCAGUGGCGCAGGGUACUAAGAGCGCGCGAGUGAAGAGAAUGGUGCGGCUGGCGGCGGAGCUGCUGUUGCUGUUGGUAUUCAUUCUUCUGACGUUACACAUCACGGUGUUGCGGAGCAGCCCGCUGCAGCACGGAAAUGACACCGUGAGCUCGGAGCAGGACUCGCGGUUGGCGGAGAAUAAUGUCAAUGCAGAAAGCAGUUCCUCCGUUCAGUUGAGGCUGGGUGACAAACAGUCCCGAGUGCCUCAUAUUUCACCGUCUCAGCCCUGGGUUCAGAGUCACGGGACAGGGGGCAGCCUGCAGAGAGAUGGACCAGGGGCUUUUCUGCUGGACCUGCAGAAGUUCCCUGAUCUUUCCAAAGCUGAUAUAAAUGGGCAAAACCCCAAUAUUCAGGUUACCAUAGAAGUGGUGGACAGCCUGGAAAGUUUGGAGCCAGAAAAGGGAAUACGCAAAGAAAACAAGCCUGGCAGGGCAACUCCUAACUGGAGGAACUGGUGGCAGCACUCGUCUUCCUCGUCCUCAUCUUCCGUGUCCACCCCAAAGGGGCCCGACGAACAGGAUUACCCCUACGAGAGCAACAAGGAGGACAGCAACUUCGUCAAACCACUUGGAGACUGGGAGCGGAGAGGGUCUGCUGGCACAGGGAGCAGAUCCCAGACUGAAUAUGACUACAUAGACGGGGACGGUGACUGGAGUGGUUGGGCGCCAUGCAGCGUAUCCUGCGGAAAUGGUAACCAGAAGCGGACCAGAUCAUGCGGCUAUGCCUGCACAGCCACAGAGUCACGGACAUGUGACAUGCCCAGCUGCCCAGGAAUUGAAGAUGCUUUCAAGACAGCAGCGACAGAAGUCAGCCUUCUUGCUGGCACUGAAGAGUUUAAUGCAACUGAGCUCUUUGGAGUUGAUACAGACAGUUGUGAACGUUGGAUGAACUGCAAGAGUGAGUUCCUCAAGAAAUACAUGAGCAAAGUGGCCAACGACCUACCCAGUUGCCCCUGCUUUUACCCAACAGAGGUGGCCUACAGCAGCGCAGACGUCCACGAUGCCACCACAAAGCGCAAGUUCCGCUGGAAGGAUGCCAGCGGACCAAAGGAGAAGCUGGAGAUCUACAAACCCACUGCUCGCUAUUGCAUCCGCUCCAUGCUAACGCUGGAAUCCACCACACUGGCGGCCCAGCACUGCUGCUAUGACGACAGCAUGAAGCUCAUCACACGAGGCAAAGGGGCCGGAACGCCCAACCUCAUCAGCACAGAGUUCUCCGCUGACCUGCAUUACAAAGUGGACAUCCUACCAUGGAUCAUCUGCAAGGGUGACUGGAGCCGCUACAACCAGGCUCGAACUCCUAAUAAUGGACAGAAAUGUGCAGAAAACCCUCAGGAUGAGGACUACUACAAACAGUUUGAGGAGGCCAGAGAGUUUUGAGCUGAUGAUAGUAUGAACUUUCUAAAACAGAAGCAGAACUCAUUUUGAAAACUGGCUGUGUGAUUAAACAGGACUUGCUAUGAGAAACAGAUGGCACAGCCAACAACAAGCACAGAAGAUCUUCAUCCUUCAGAACCUAUGGUUGGUCUUUUCAAGGUGUUUUCAUGGAAAUAAUAAUACCAAAGUAACUCAUUUGGUUCUCUUUGUAUCAUUUAUCUAUAUUACUUUGGUAUCAGAUUUUUUUAUAAGGAGUAAAAGGGAAAAAAACUAAAGGGAAGUCAUAUCAGGAAUCACCCAACCAAUGAUCAGCUGACAGCGAGAGAACAUGCAGUGGGAAGCCCUCUCCUCAGGAAUCUUUGGACAGAUUUAAGGAUAUCGGAUACAGUAUUCAGGUUCCUGUGUAAACAUGCAUAUAUUUGUCUAGUUGGAUGAACAGAGUUUCUAUAUAAUGUCCUGUUGUAUCACUUUUCCUUUUUUGCUAAAAACAAAACAGUCCUGCAUAAUUCUUGCAAAAUAUUUAUUGAGUCAUAGUUAUGUGUCAAUGGUAGGGUUUGUGCAUAUAGAUGUAUGGACACAUUUUGUGUGCUAAAUAAAUAGUCACAUUAACCAUCAAAUGUCACAGACCCUC